AUGACAACCCCCGUUGCUGCCACGACUAUCAAAAACUUUACCACUGCAAAUGAUCCCCCAACACUCAGUCUUACUCCCAAAGAGCAGCAAUUGAGGGAUCUUUUGGUUGAUGUUGCUGCUUUCAUCGAUGGAGCCGGUCGUUCACCUGAGCCCCUUGUCCUUCGAUGGGCUGGGGGCUGGGUUCGUGACAAACUCCUUGGCAUAGAGAGUCAUGAUAUUGAUACCGCCAUCAAUGCCAUGACUGGCUAUGCCUUUAGUCUGGAGCUGCGCGACUACUGUGCUCUGGAAGAGCAUACAAGGAAGCACAACAUUGGUCCCGAUGAUAUGGGCAGCCUCCACAGGAUUGCUGCGAAUCCCGACAAGUCGAAGCAUCUCGAGACAGCGACCACGCGCAUGUUUGGUCUCGACGUCGACUUUGUCAAUUUACGCAAGGAGACGUACACUCAGGACAGUCGCAAUCCUACAAUGGAGUUUGGCACUGCCGAAGAAGAUGCCCUGCGCCGCGAUGCCACCAUUAACGCCCUCUUUUACAAUUUGCACACCGGACUGGUCGAAGAUCUGACCGGAGGACUCACAGACAUGGAGUCUCGCCUGAUCCGAACACCCAUGGAACCUUUCCAAACUUUUACAGACGAUCCUCUCAGAGUCCUGAGGUUGCUCCGCUUCGCCAGUCGUCUUGACUUUUCAAUCGACCCUGCUGCCACUGCGGUCAUGGCCGACCCUCAAGUUCUGGACGCUCUGAAGCUUAAAAUCAGCCGCGAGAGGGUUGGUGUCGAGAUGGAGAAGAUGCUGAAGGCAGGUAAGAACCCACACAUGUCUUUGGACCUGAUUCGAACUCUCAACCUGUACGAGGCCAUCUUCACGGAUUCCAGUGAUAGAUAUUACCCGUCCCCAGACCUCUCCAAGUGGGAAUUGGCCUACGAUCUCCUUGACAGCCUCGCUCAUGACAAGGCCCCGAGAUCAAUCUAUGACAUUCUCGUCACAUCCGACGAAGCCGCAUACUUUGCGUGGAAUCUGGCUGCAAUUACCCCGUACUCCCACAUAAGAGAGGAAGUACCACUACCAAAGGCUAGGGGUACAGUGCCUCUCACUACGUUGGUUGCCCGGGAAGGUAUCAAGGCCCCCAACAAGCUAUGCGAUGUCAUCACUGCAGCAUAUCGCCAUCGCUCUGAGAUUCUUACCCUGAAGCAAGGCUUUGGUACCGGUAAAUCUAGGACUACCGAAAGGAGCACCGUCGGUAUGGCGAUUCGCAAGUGGGAUAGCCAUGGAGGCCACUGGCGAGUCCAGGUACUCUAUGCCUUACUUGUCGAGGCCAUUGAAAAGUUGCCAUCUGACUCAACCACCGAUAAGAAGGAGUUUCUUUCAGGCUGGCAGCGGUUCCUGGACUACCUUGCUGAUCUGGACGUCAUGGACGCACCUUCGCUGACGCGCCUGGUGGACGGCCGAUUGCUGGGAAAAGAACUUGGUGUCCGCCCCGGUAAGUGGAUGGGCCAGGCCUUGGAGGUUUGCGUUGCCUGGCAACUUCGUCAUCCAGACGAGACUGAGCCGGCUGGGGCGAUUGAGGAGGUGCGACGGCGAGCAGUUGAAUUGGGGAUCGAAGGGCUUCCUACAUGA